UAAUGCAUCUGUCCACAUCAUCCAAACACAAAUCCACUCGUGUCACGUCUAUUCAAACAAAGCCCUAACUCUUCUUAUCUAUUGAUCUCCCACCAGAUUCGGUUGUAAUCGGAGCUUCCAUGGAACGUAUCAUCGGCGGCAAGUACAAGCUCGGACGCAAGAUCGGCAGCGGUUCCUUCGGAGAGAUUUUCCUCGCUACACACGUCGAUACUUACGAGAUCGUAGCUGUUAAAAUCGAGAACAGCAAAACAAAGCAUCCUCAACUUCUAUAUGAAGCUAAGCUAUACAGAGUUCUUGAAGGAGGAAGUGGGAUUCCGCGUAUAAGAUGGUUUGGAGUGGACGGAACAGAGAAUGCUUUAGUGAUGGAUUUGCUAGGGCCAAGUCUCGAAGAUCUUUUCGUUUAUUGUGGGAGGAAGUUCUCACCAAAGACGGUCUUGCUGUUAGCUGAUCAAAUGCUAACAAGAAUAGAGUAUGUACACUCCAAAGGAUAUCUGCAUAGAGAUAUCAAACCUGAUAACUUCCUCAUGGGCCUAGGGAGGAAAGCGAAUCAGGUUUAUCUAAUUGACUUUGGACUUGCUAAAAGAUACCGUGAUGCCAACACCAACCGACAUUUAUUGUUCAGGGAAAACAAGAAUUUAACAGGAACUGCAAGGUAUGCAAGUUGCAAUACACAUCUUGGGAUUGAGCAAAGUCGACGUGAUGAUCUAGAAUCUCUUGGAUAUGUGCUUCUUUAUUUCCUAAGAGGCAGUCUUCCAUGGCAGGGUCUUAAAGCUGUUGUCAAGAAGCAAAAAUAUGAGAAAAUAUGUGAGAAGAAGAUAUCAACUCCUAUUGAGGUUCUAUGCAAAGAUCACCCUGUGGAGUUUGCUUCAUAUUUUCAUUAUUGCCACACACUGACAUUUGAUCAGCGCCCUGAUUACGGGUUCUUGAAGCGGCUUUUUCGUGAUUUAUUCUCCCGGGAAGGAUAUGAAUUCGACUAUAUAUUUGAUUGGACUAUUAUAAAGUAUCAACAAGCACAGAAAGCUAGAAAUCAGUCUCAGGCAAUUCCUGGGUCUAGCAAUGGUCGUGCAAUGCCAAUGGACACAAGCAAUCAUCAAGGAGGAACUAAUAUCUCACAUGAAGCUGAGUCCUCUGAGCGCGUUAGAUCCUCUAAUACUAUUGGUCCAACCCCCCGGAUGAAUAAUAAUAGGAGUCCAGGUUUUGAUCACUCCCUCCACAAUAAGAUGCAAAUGCCAUCCACUUCAGCAUCUCCUGCAAGUACUUCUAAAAGAAAUGACGUAAAGACAGUGUUCCCUCCUGAAACCUCAAGUUAUGGGAAUGGGGGUGGGAAGAGAACCGGUGGCUGGGCUUCAUCAUUCAUGUCUCGAGGGAAAUGACGCCAAAGCAAAAAGCAAAGUGUAGUUUUUCUUUCUUCUGAACUGCUGAGCAAAGAUUAUAUAUAGCCUUUGGGAGAAAUGAAGGAGUUAGUGACUAAGCGAGAGCUUUAAAACUGUGAUUUCUGCAGUGGAAUCUCUAGGCGAGGUUGCAGAUUCUACAUGACCAAAGCCUACUGUUACACACAAGGCAUGAAAGUCUUUUAUCUUUCCAUGAACAGCUUACUGACUUCACACCUUUGUAUAAUAUAUCUUGCAAACCGGACUUGUAAUUUGAUUCUUGUGUUCCAUUCUCAUCAGUGUACUCUGGUUUCAUAUACAUGUUCAUAGUUCACUU